CAAAUCAGUUAACAAUUUCGACCAGCAGCUCCCUCUAACAACCGUAUGUCAAACUAAGAGCAAAGCAGCUAAUCCUCUCCCGCUAACAAUAGAUUAACAGUUCUUCUUCACUCUGCUUUGUCCACUAUCAUCCUCUCAAAACCCCAUUACCCAUAUGCUUCUUUAGGGUCUUUUCCUUGUGGAAGCUGCUAAAAUAUUGGAGGUUUCACUCAAAUUCAUGGCGUCUCUUUCAUUUACACACUUACUUUCCUUUCCCAGAUGGAACUGUAGAGCACCUAUCCUAGCAUUCGGAGAAUUCAUGCUAAUUACAGAUAAUAGAAUACGGAAUGGAUGGGUUUUAUCAGCAACUCCUAAAAAAACAAUUGUAGCAUCUGUAACCGAGGAGACUGAAGAAAAAGGAAAAAAAAAGACAAGGACUAGGCGGGCCACCACACGAGGUAGAAAGAAGUCAACAGCUGAAUUGCAGGAUGACGAUACUAAACUAUCAACCAUUGGUUCCAUUUCAGAACAAGAGGUGUCUGACCUAGAAGCAUCUAUUGACAAUUCUGAGAAACCCAAGAGGAGAGCUAGGAGAAAAGUUGCAUCUGUGGCUACUAGUUCCGAGGAAGUAAAGACAGUAAAAAGAUCAAGGGGGCGGAAGAGCAAGGCAGAGACUAUUAAUGUUGAUGAUCAAGGAAGUGAGACAGAAUUGAGUGAUUAUGGAGAAGUCACCUACCUUGCAGGUCAAGACACUGAUGAUGACGCCAUAGAUUUAGAAUUGGGAAAGGGUGAUAAUGAUGAUAUCAGCUUCACUUAUGACUGGCCUCCUCUUGUGUGUUGCUUUGGAGCUGCACAACAUGCUUUUGUACCGUCAGGAAGGCCUGCAAAUAGGCUUAUAGAUUAUGAAAUUCAUGAUUCCCUCAGAGAUGCAUUGUGGGCACCUGAAAAGUUUGUAAGGGCUCCUGGAAGCUCGGCAGGGAGUGUUGCAUUAUCGUUGGCAUCCCUGGGUGGCCGAGUUGCUUUCAUGGGUAAACUUGGGAAUGACGACUAUGGACAGACAAUGCUUUGUUACUUAAAUGUGAAAAAUGUUCAAACACGGUCAGUUCGUGUUGAUGAGAAACGACCAACAGCCAUGUCACAAAUGAAGAUUGCUAAGAGGGGAAAUUUGCGAACGACUGCUGUUAAGCCGUGUGCAGAAGAUUCUUUGUCAAUAUCAGAGAUCAAUAUCGAUGUGUUGAAGGAGGCAAAGAUGUUUUACUUGAAUACAUCGUCCUUGUUUGAUGCUAGUAUGAGAAGAACAACUCUGCGAGCACUUAAGAUAGCAAAGAAAUUAGGGAGUGUCAUCUUUUAUGAUCUGAAUCUCCCGUUGCCACUUUGGCAGUCUAAUGAAGAAACCAGAUCAUUUAUCGAGCAAGUAUGGAGGCUUGCAGACAUAAUUGAAGUCACAAAACAAGAACUCGAGUUUCUUUGUGGAAUCAUGCCUUCGGAAGAGUUUGACACCAAAAAUAAUAAGAAAUUUAAGUUUGAGCAUUAUGAACCAGAUAUUAUAACUCCUUUAUGGCAUGAGAAUCUUAAAGUUUUGUUUGUUACGAAUGGGACGUCUAAAAUACUCUAUUACACUAAGGAGCAUAAUGGUGCUGUCCUUGGAAUGGAAGACGCUCCUAUCUCUCCUUUCACACAGGGUUUGUCAGCUUCUGGAGACGGCAUUGUUGCAGCUCUGAUGAGGAUGUUGACAGUGCAGCCGCAUCUUAUUACCGACAAAGAAUACUUGGAGCGUACAAUCAAACAUGCUAUUAAUUGCGGAGUCAUUGAACAGUGGAUUGUAACUCGGCAAAAUGGCUUCCCUGCAAAGGAAGUCUCAGAUGAAGACGAAGAAGGCAUUCCUGACCCAAAUGGCAUUAGAUCCGUCACUGAGAGAGAAUUCCGCACUGUGACGCCAGUUUUAAGCUAAUAAAUCAGAAUCCAACAUAGGAAUUUGUUUUGUCAGCUUAUAUAUAAGGGUGCAUUCUAGUUCUUCAUACCCUUUUGAAGGAUUCGCGGUGGCAUAGCUUCUUGUCGAAGAAUAGACAUCCAUUUUUGGCGGUGUUUUAUAAGUAGGAAAAAGAACAUCAUUCAGGAGCUGAAAUGAACAGAAAUGCUUCCCGAGGUUGUUUUUACCCUUUACUCUUACCUGUUCUUACAUUUCCAUAUUAUUAGGAUAAAACAUUUAGAUCACAUUUUAACCAGAAAGUAAGAGUUCACUAUACCUCUGUUGUAGAAUAUCUCUUUUAUUGGAUUAAUUUUUUUUUUUGAAAUAGUAUGCUAAUGCAUUCUGGUACUGCUGUUUUUUUUUUCAAACUAUUAAAAAGAAAUAAAAUUAACGGUCCCCUUUUUGUUCGGGAUUAAAAUGUCUUAUCAAAUCAUGUGUACUUACUCAUCUGAAGUUGCGGAUUAUGUUUGCUAACGAGGGGCAAUCGAAAAUAAAUUUUUUUGUUACAACUAGUCUCUUGAGAGACCAUUUCUUUGAGAGACAUAUCUCAAGCCCAGCCCAUUAAAGAUUAAUGUUUACUUAUCGUAUUCUGCGUACUUAUAUUAUUCUUAAUGCUUAUAUACCGUAUCUUUAAUGCCUACUUUCAAUAUCUUAAAUGUCUACUUACAUUAUUCUUAAUGCCUACUUACAUUGUUUUAAAAAAUAUAUAAUGAGCCGGCUUAAUUAGAGAUAGUCUCUCAAAAAGACCGUCUCUUAUAAGAAUUUGUGUUUUUGUUAUCAAUGACAAGGGUGAGGUUGAGUACAUCAAAUCCACUCAAAUUCCGCUCGCUUAGAUGGUCAAUUAAUGACACUAAAAUAAUGGAAUUAAAUGGUCCCCUACUCCAAGUCAUUUACACAAUCUUCAUUCUUAUCCAAUGUCACCUGAAUUUUCUCAGUUCAAACUUCAAAGUAAAAGUAGUGUGAAAUGAUUUGUUAGAUAUUUCGUUUUUCAGUAAUUCGUUUGGAGAUUAGCGAAUCAUUCGGGAUAAAGGCAUGUAGUUAAAGUUAAAAAAAAUAGAAUUAGGUUUUAAAAGAAUAUAAUUAUUAAUUAGUUUUCCAAAUUUCAAGGUGCAAUCAUCUUUUUAGGUGGGAAUUUUUAAUUUUUCUUUUUCUUUUUGAAAAUCCUUAGUUUAGAUAAUUUAAAAAAAUUCAUAAUUUGGGUUGGGUUUGUGGUCCUGUGGAUCUUGGAGAAUGGAGAUUGCGUAAUCUGAAGUUGACAAAGUAUAAAUCUGUAUUAGGAGUACUAAUAUUUGAUUAUUUAGUUACAUACAGCUUGGAGACAAUUAUGUAUUAUUGGAUCUGCUGCUUUGAUUUUAUUCUUCUCCUACUAAUCACA